AGAAGGUCAGGGUCAAUGUGUUCAACUCAGCGCGAAGGACAGAAUAUUUUAAGCAAACGCUGGGUCAAGCUACGCAGAAAGGAACGGACCAAUCAGGACGCUCGUUGGGAUGCGUCGGUCGGCGGCUCUGCGUCGGUCGGCGGCUCUGCGUCGUCAUGCGCGGCAAGUUGGCAGAGUUUCCAGAGUUCAUUCCGCUCGCGCCAGGGAAGCAGCGAGAAGGCGGAAGUCGAGCUGGCUGCCUCAACUCUCUUCCAGCGAUGGAGCAGGGGGAGUAGGGACCGAGAACCACCGAAACACCGGAUAACCUCCUCCAAACAGUCGCUACGGGGGGACGCGGAGACCUCCCUCUCACCCACUCCCUCUCCCUCCCCCAUGUCCAUUAUCUCAGGGUAUAAUUCAGAGCCGGAACGUGGUGGUGGUCCUGAUGAUUCCAGUUCCAUGAAUUCCCUGCGGAUCUCCGUGCGAGGCCUUCCUGCCCUGGCCUUCAUGGCCGGCGCCACCUCUGACCCCCGCUUCCGCCUAAAAUGGAGGGCCAUCACCGUGGCAACACUCCUUGCCCUCGCCCUGCUGUUCUACCUGCACCAGACGACGGGGGUCGGAACUGGCGGCAAUGACGUCUUCGGCGUCUCCUCUGACCGCUUCCAUCACCACGGUAACGGGGCGCAAAGCUGGUGGACGAACAAUGACAAUGAAAUAAACAAUAAUGGUAACCGUCAACCGGUGGCUGCAGUGGGAAACAACGUCAACUGGAAUAAUAAACACUACAACGACACAUAUCCUCUCAGUCCCCCGGAGAGGAUGGCGUCCGGGAGCAUCCGGUACCGUAUUGGGGUGAUCGCAGACUUGGACACGGCCUCAAUGAGCACCAAGGGUCAGACGUGGUUCAGCGUCAUGCGGAGGGGCCACCUGGUGGUGUCUGAGAGUGGGGACAGAGUGGAGGUGGAGUGGGACGCAGACAGCCUGACCCUGGAGAGCCACCUGGCUGAGAAGGGACGAGGUAUGGAGCUGUCGGAGCUAGUUGCGUUCAACGGUCACCUGUACAGCGUGGACGACCGUACAGGAGUUGUCUACAGGAUAGAGGGGAACCAGGCGGUACCCUGGGUUAUACUGACUGAUGGAGACGGGUCUGUCUCAAAAGGGUUCAAGGCGGAGUGGCUGGCGGUGAAGGAUGAGUGCCUCUACGUGGGUGGUCUGGGUAAAGAGUGGACGACCACUACCGGAGAGUUCAUCAACGACAACCCCCAAUGGAUCAAGGUGGUGGGUUACCGCGGCAACGUGCAACACGAGAACUGGGUACCGCGUUACAACGCCCUGCGCAGCGCAGCCGGGAUUCAACCGCCAGGUUACCUGAUCCAUGAGUCUGCAGCGUGGUCCGACCGCCUCCAGCGCUGGUUCUUCCUCCCCCGCCGCGCCAGCUCCGAACGCUACGAUGAGAUCGCCGACGAGCACCGCGCCACCAACCUCCUCCUCUCCUGCCCCUCGGACUUCCGCGAAAUCACCGUGGGACACGCUGGACCCCUCCACCCAACGCACGGUUUCUCCUCGUUCAAGUUCGUACCGGACACCGACGAUCAGAUCGUACUAGCGUUGAAGUCGGAGGAGGACGCAGGGAAGAUAGCGACGUACAUCCUGGCGUUUACUUUAGACGGGAGGAUGUUACUGCCAGAGACGAAGAUAGGAGACCUGAAGUAUGAAGGACUGGAGUUCAUUUAAAAUGGAUGGGGAGGAAAGAGAGGAGGGAUGGAGAGAUCCUGAGGAGAGACUGGAGAGAGGGUUGGUUUUUAGAACUUACCAACAUCACCUACCUGUGGCCUGACACACCUGUGAAGUAGUGUGAUGAGGUAAGAGAACUCUGUUCCAGGAAGGGUUACGGUCAUCACCAACAAGGUUGUCCAGAGAAACGACUAGUGUUUGGUGACAGACACCCUAAGAUUCUUCACAUGGGCAACUUCCUGGCCCCCCAAAUGAGUCUGGGUAAUGUAGUCCACUAAGUUUGGGUUUAAACAGACAGCCCAAUUCUGAUGUUUAUACCAAUCACAUCAGAUCUGACUGGUCAAAAUAAUUGGCUGCAUCUCUAAACGCAGCCUAAGAAGAUCUAUGGUUGAACAGUGGUCAAACGCUCACAGGGUUGUGUUCAGUAGGCACAAAUCGGAAAGAAACGUUUUAAAACUGAGCAUUAAUUACCUGAAGUUUUCCGUUAUAAUGUAUUUAUCUUUUUACGUUUGUGCCUUCUGAAGAGGACCCUUGUUAACACUGACUCACAAAUGCAAAACUUGGAUGACGUUGGGUUUGUCAACAUUUGCCAUAUGUUGAACAGACUACUGAAUAAGAUGCAUGGUCUUCUUACACCAGCUGUCAUGUUAAUAACUUGUUUUCUCUCUUCCUUUUAAAACAGAACACCUCAGAUUAAAAUGUUCAUUCUGGUUCAAA